AUGGCUGGCCUACUCGGCAACUCGACGGGCUACAACGGCUACUGCACCAACGUGCAGGAGCUGGUUAGGCUGCUCAGCUGGGCCAUGGUCAACGAACGCGCUGCAGUGCUGGCGUCUACAGACUUCUACCAGCUCACCAUUGUCCGGGAGGAAUGGCACGUGGACUGGAGCGAGAUAGAGCUGGGCGAGGCCAUCGGCAUGGGCGGCUACGGCGAGGUCUACCGCGGCACCGAGGUCGCCGUCAAGCUCGCCAACACCCAGACCACCAAGGACAGGCAGCGCAACUUCGCCGAGGAGGUGCUAAUGCUGAGGCACCCGAACGUGGUGCUGUUCAUGGCGGCGUCGACCAAGCCGCCCAAGGUGUGCAUCGUAUGGAGUUCAAGGCCCUUGGUUCCCUCCGUGAGGUGA